AAUCACUUACUUUAGCAGUUAACAAUCAGAAUUGGAUAUUAGAUUUUGAACCAAAAGAUGAUAUAUUAAAACAGAAAAAAAGACAAUCUUAUGUUAGAGUAAUGGAUCAAAAUCAUAUAUCACGUAAUACUAUUCGAUCAUUAGCAAAAAUUAAUUCUGAAAUUGAAUGUGAAUAUAAAAUUAGUGAGGAAAAAAUCAAUAUUAAUAAAAUAAUGCAAGGUUUUAUACCACUUAGUAUUAUAGAUAUAAAUGCAGAUAUUUCUAAUACUACAGAAAUUAAUAAUGGGAUUCAUAUUGAUGAUCCUAAUAUAGUUCAAGAUCGACAUUAUACAAUAAUCUUAUAUCCAGGAAUUGAAAAUUAUAUAUAUUUACAAAAAGCUUUAAUACCAUUAAUUCAAGAAUUAGAUGAUAUAAAUAAAAAUGGUAUUAAUGAUAAAUUUGGAAAUAUAUGGAAUGUUGAAUUAUAUUUUUCCUCAGAUUGGAAAUUUUUAGCAUUAUGCCUUGGAUUAAAUAAUGCUAAUGCAACAUAUUUUUGUCCUUACUGCAAUUGUAAUAAAAAAGAAAUUGGAUUAUACAAUAAAAAUUGGAAGAAAAAAAAUAUGAAUAUGCUUGUUGAUAAUUAUACUUCAU